UCGUCGAACUUUGCGCGGGCGAUAAUUUAUUUUAGUUGUCAAAACUAGCUAUAACACAAAGAAUCAGACCUGCAUUAGCAGAAUUGCAGAUGUCCAUUAAAGCAGCCGCUUAAUCUGCAUCUUUUACACAUUUGGCAUUAACUCAAUUACGGCCGGAAGCUCUUAAAACUGUCCGUUUUGUUUAUAUGUGGCAUCGCAUGCUGUUCCAAAUGUAUUUGAAAUUGCACUUUAGUUUAACAAAUUACUUUGUAACUACUUGGUUAAUCUAAAGAGGGCCAUUUAAUGUGACGUCACACACACAAAGCCAUCUAUGGUAGUGCUUUUUUCAUUUCAAUCAGCCUAUAGUCAGCAGAGCGGCGGCACGAAAGCACCACAAAGUGACAAAAAUGAAUGUGGAACAUGAAGUUACACUGCUCAUUGAUGAGAUUCGUCGACUGGGCAGUACAAACGCAGAUGGGAAGAUCAGUGUCAAAUUUGGAGUCUUGUUUAAUGAUGACCAAUGCGCCAACCUCUUUGAAGCUCUGGUCGGGACUCUGAAAGCGGCCAAGCGAAAGAAGGUCAUCACAUUCGAAGGGGAGCUCUUACUGCAAGGAGUUCACGACAACGUUGAUGUCAUACUGCUGCAGGACUGAACCUAACAGUCUUUUCUGAGCCCAAGUAAAAAGUACAAAUGUGUUUUUGACAUGCCAUUGCUACAUUUUGAUAUGGGAAUAUACUUGAGAAUGUAACAUUUUUGUAUACUGGAUUGGAAUAUUUUUAUACAGCAACUUUUUCUCUCUCAGGGGAGUGAUCUGCACAGUUUUCUUUUUGAAAAGUAGCAAUCUUCCCUAACAGCUAACAGUUAUAGCGUGCAUGAUCAUAUUACUGGUUUUCUGGGAUUGAAUGGUUCCGUCAAAUAUUGCUUUCGACCUAAUGAAUAUGAAAAUCGUUAAUAUCAGUUUGACAGAUAAUACCUCUGAUGUCCUAUUGUGACUGUAUCGAUUGUAGAUUGCAUAAUUGCUGUCUUUUACUGUAAUCAUGAGGCUGUUCGUUUGCAGUACCAUUACUGUGCAAUCGUUCAUUUCAGGCAUGGUCAUUCAGGUUAUAUGUGUUGUAACACCUCAAAAGCUGAUAAACAUGAAUAGUAAGUAACCUUUAUCUGCUGUAAGAUUUUCUGGAAUUAAAUGUGCAGAAACAUCCAAGUUCGCCUAAUCAUCCGAAAUGUUCCAAUGUGAUAUUCUGUUUUAUAAAGCUCUUGCAAAAACCUCUCCACAUUGUACUAGUGCCGUUUCUUGUUAUUUAUGUCUGUGCAAAUGUUAUAAGACCCCCAAUGGUGCAGGCUCGUUUGUUCCAUCGAAGCUCAGGAAGACCUUAGCAUGAGCAGCAAUAUGAAACAUCGACAAUUAAAUAGAGUAUGUUUAUAACUUUGUACUGGGGGCGGUAUAUGGACGGCGGGUGAAAUAUUAAACAUUUAAAACUGACUUCAAACUUC